CAUGUGUCCCUGAUCUGAGGUAACCGAAGAUGGCGUCGCGGUGGAGCGGAGCUUCUGGCGGGGGCGAGAACCGGUUGGUGUCGCUGCCUCUGUCGCGGACCCGGGUGAUAAUGAAGAGCUCGCCCGAAGUCUCGAGCAUCAACCCGGAUGCGAUUUUCCUCACCGCCAAGGCCACGGAGCUGUUUGUUCAGUACUUGGCUACUUACGCUUACAAGCAUGGCGAGGGCAACGAGCACAAAACCCUAACAUAUACUGACCUGUCACAAGCAGUAGAGAACUCCGAUACUUUCCAGUUCCUUGCAGAUAUUGUGCCCAAGAAAAUCUUGGCAAGCAAAUACCUAAAGAUGCUUGAAAAAGAAAAAGAAGGAAAAGUGGUAAAGGAGGAGGAGGAAGAAGAGGAAAGUGAGGCUGAAGGAGCAUCUUGACAGCACAGCUUGUUGAUUUGUGACCUUCUUGUAUGUGAGCACUCUUUAAUGAUUUGUGGUCAGCUGAAUUGUCACAUCCUUGAACCAGUGAACUUCCAGAGUUAAAAUUGCCAUCUUGUGUACAAUUACCCUGCAGAGUAUGGCAAAGACUUCCAAGUGGGGCUGAACAUAUUUGCAGAAAAACCCUUGUUUUUCAUCGUCAGCUUAUAUACAUAAUAUAGAUGAGUGCUUAUAAUAUACCGAAACAUCGGGGUUAACCAAAUCCUGUAUUUUCAAUACAGAAUCAAUCAUCUUCAUUGCUCACAUUGGGCAAAAUCUAAAAGCGGGUAAUUCCGUUUACAUGCCAAUAUUAAUGUUUCAGUGUAAGUUGGUAAAAAAAUAGUCUAAGAGCGAUCUGUUUAUACGAAUAGUUGUAUAUAAGCUACCCUAGGAUCUGUUGGUGUUCAAAUUGUCCAUGUUGAAAACAAAAAAAAUAAUUUAUUUUCAAUGUCAUCAGUUCCUAUGUACAGUCAUGUUACACCGAUGUAAAUAAAAUCCUGCAGUUUUGCAUGAAUACACAUAUUGGGAAAUUUGAAAAAAAAA